AUGGAGAGAGUGGGGGAGCCGGUGGUAGGAUCCCAUGGUUCCACUAUGAUAGCAGCUCCAAAGCCAAUCAGCCAGGCAGAACCAGAUCACUGGCAUACAAAGGCAGAUAGAUCAAUGGUUACUGCAGCGGAUUUGGAAGCCAUUCGCGAAAAAUACCAAGUGCCUGCUGAAAUAGAGUUGUUGUUGCCGAUGUCGACGGAGAUGCCAUCCGAUGCCAGGUCAGGGGAGUUUUCCCUUUAUGAGGAAGCAUUGAAGGGAGGACUGAGGCUGCCCCUGCCGCAAGUGGUGGUAGAUGUCCUGAAUCGUUUGGAGGUAGCGCCGGACCAACUAAUGCCCAAUGCGUGGAAGAUCUUACUGGUUUGUGCAAGAGGGGGAGUCAGUCUGACUACUGCGAUCUACCAUGCUCGUGCGGUGGCUGGGCGGCUGGAGGGAGAAGAAGGCCCAGCCAGGGUAGGGGCAGACCGCCUUGUGGGGAUUGUAGAAGAGGCAGCCUUGCGCUUAGCAGCCAGAUUCAAUGAGGCUGAACUGCUGAGGGAGUUGAGGGUAACCACCUCAGCAGGGCCUCUGCUGAGGAAGGCUGGGGCUGCAAAGCUCAAGGCAAAUGAGGCCAAGGCUCAACUUGCAAGGUUGAAGAAGGAGAGCGCAAACUGGGAGAGUGCCCACGCUGAGCUGCAAACGGUCAAGGUGGAGCUGGAGAACACACGCCGCCAGGUUGUGUCGCUCGAGUUCCAACUGGCUAGCGAGCAGAAGAGGUUGGAUGAUGCCCAAAAAGCCUACGCGGUCGCGGUCAAACGACAUGAAGAGGCGAUGAGUAGUAAUGAAGAGCUGGUCAGGCAGAAGGAUGAAGCAAACGUGAAGAUUGACGGUCUACAAAAGGAGCUGGAGGGCGAGCGUGCUAAGGCAGUGAAGGAGAAGGAGAGCCUUCGGAAGGAGUUGGAAGCAGAGAGAGCCAAGGCGGCUGCUGAAAAGGAAAGCCUUCAGAAGGAGUUGGAGGCAGAGAAAGCCAAGGCAACUGCUGAAAAGGAGAGCCUUCAGAAGGAGUUGGAGGCAGAGAAAGCCAAGGCAACUGCUGAAAGGGCGACCUUGGAUAAGGAGUUGGCAGAGGAGAGGGCUAAGGCAGCCUCUGAAAGGGCGGCUUACCCCGAUCUUUAUGUGGCAGCAAUGGACCAGUUCAAGGGGUCUGCUGAAUUUCAGAUGGCAGUGGAUGCCGCGGUUGCCAGUAGCUUGGCGAUGGAGUAG